AUGCCCCGUGUUUGUGUGGAAAACAGUGCCAAGCGUUACAAUUACCAAGAAACUGCUUUCCUCGACUUCCUCGUGCCCUAUUAUCUACAAGUGAAGGACAAGGCAGAGCGUGUACACUUUUUCAAGGCCGCGUACAUCCUUUUCCAUGACCGGUUCCCCAUUGAGAAGCUGGGGUUGUCCUCCACUAUCUAUAAGACCACUAGGGACAAGGCUAAACAGACACUCGCAAAAAGGGUCAUGGUGUCUGCCCUCUUCCUCGAACGAAGCCUCAUUCACAGCCCCAUGGAACAUUGGACUGAGAUUAUGAGCCUCAGGGCGGAUAGAGAACGCCGGCUCAAGAGGUGCAUAUUCAUCAUGCGGCGUCCAAAGCGACCUAUUAUUGAAGUAGAAUGCUACGCAGAUUGGGAUACAGCUACCCCCCUUCCGGCCCCUGUCUCCACCCAUCACCACACCGACUUUACUGCUGGACCUAGAGGCUUCCGAACGAAGCGAACGACCUAUCAAGCCACAGUCGUGACCCCAAGUGCGCCUUCAAUCCCACCAGAAGACGACACCAGCCGUCCAUUCCCACAACUAUUGGAUCCGUCUGACCCAAUUCUUGCCAAUGUCGUCGAGAUACCAGACAUACUGACCCUUGAGAGAGUGCGGCGGCAAACAGCAGGCAUAAGUUUCAUUAUCUGUGCUUCUCUCUCCCAGAUCUUCCCUUUCACACCUGGAUGCCAGAGAGAGACUCCUUCGUGCAAGAGUUUCUACGGCUUGAAGCGCCUGAACCACGGGUCCCAAGAACAUGUCCAGGUUGUCACACGGCGCCUGCGCUCUAUCGCUGCCAUCAAUGCUUUGACGAGCGCAUUUAUUGUCGUGCUUGCGUUGUAA